CGCUGAUCCACAAACAGCCGCAGCACGUCGAGUUUCAACAUGUUUGCAGCAUGAGACUGAAGAGAAGAGGAAGCUGCUGCAGGUCUGAGUCUCUGAGAUGUCGUCUAAGAAGAAGAAGAACAAGAAGACCGGGGUUCCUGACCGCUGGCUGGACUACGCUCCGGUCGGCUGCAGGAUCCCAGGGACUCGAUUCAUCGCCUUCAAAGUGCCUUUAAAACCGUCUCUGAACUGUCUAGUCCCAGAGUCCGACUCCUUCGGUCCGUGGCAGCUGCUGGACUCGGUGCGGAGUCAGGACCAGGACUUGGGUCUGAUCAUCGACCUGACCUUCACCAGCAGGUACUACCAACCGUCCGACAUCCCGCAGUCCUGCUGCUACGUCAAGAUCCUCACGGAGGGUCACCGCGUGCCCUCCGACGCCGCCAUCCUGAGCUUCAAACGGGCUGUGACUCACUUCCUGAACCAGAACCACGACAACGACAAGCUGAUCGGAGUCCACUGCACGCACGGUCUGAACCGCACCGGGUACCUGGUCUGCAGGUACCUCAUCGACGUGGACGGGUUGGAGCCCGCUGCCGCCGUGGAGCUCUUCAACGCCUGCAGGGGGCAUCGCAUGGAGAGGAAGAACUACCUGCUGGACCUGAACCGGGGCGCCAAGAGGAGCAACGCUGGCAUCCAGCAGCCGGAGCAGGAGCCAAUCAGAGGGCUCGCUGUGAAGCCGCCGUCAGGCCCCGCCCAGAGACCCUCAGACCCCGCCCAGAAAUCACUGUCAGGCACUGCCCAGAGACCCGCAGGUCCCGCCCAGAAACCACCAUCAGCCCCCGCCCAGAAACCUCCGUCAAGCCCCGCCCAGAGACCACAUGGCCCCGCCCAGAGACCGCAUGGCCCCGCCCAGAAACCACCAUCAGCCCCUGCCCAGAGACCACCAUCAGGCCUCACCCAGAGACCGCAUGGCCCCACCCAGAAACCGCCGCCAGGCCCCGCCCAGAGACCCUCAGGCCCUGCCCAGAGACCCUCAGGCACUGCCCAGAGACCAUUAGCCCCCGCCCAGAGACCAGCAGGCCCCACCCAGAAACCACAGUCCGACCCCGCCCCUAUACCGUUAGGCCCCGCCCCUGCAGACACACCACCUGACCCCUCAGAGGAGUCGCAGACACUAGGUGAGAAUCGACCACCUGGUAACCGCCGUCGCCGUAGACCUCGGCAUCGUCGGGGCAACAAGCCUCAGCAGAGCAGCCUCCUACCUGACCCCCCCACUGCCCAUCUACCCGUGUAG